AUGGAAGGAAAUGGAAGCAAUGAUCCGAGAAUUCAGGCCCUUCUGCGCGAGGGCGAGCAGAAGAUGAAGCCAGGCCUCAUGACCAAGCUCAUCUGGGGUACCUCCUACGAUGACGCGGCUGAUUGCUUCUCCAAGGCUGGCAAUCUCCUGAAGAAUGCCAAAAACUGGGACGAGGCCGCACGAGCCUACGUGAAGGCAGCGGACGCGCAGAUCACCGGCAAGUCACACACGGAAGCCGUUUCCUCGCUGGGCAACGCCGCCACCUGCUUCAGGAAGGUCGCUCCUCAAGGUGUUCCUCUCAUUAAUGCUGAGGCAACGCCACGGCCGGCGACAACAGAGGCCGUGGGGUGUCUGGAGCGUGCCAUCGGGAUGCUGACCGACGAGGGUCGCUUCAGCAUGGCCGCCAAGUACCACAAGGACAUCGCCGAGAUCUGCGAGAACGACCUCUCCGACAACAAGCAGGCCGCCGCUCACUACGAACGCGCGGCCGAGCUCUACGAAGGCGAACCCAAUUCUUCAUCGAGCGUCAAGCCAUGCCUCGUCAAGGUGGCACACUUCGCGGCGGAGGACGGCAACUACGCCCGCGGCAAGGAGCUGUUUGAGAAGCUCGCCGCGAUUUGUCUCGAGAGCAGGCUCGGUUCCUAUGGUGCCAAGGAGUACCUCUUGAAGGCCGGCCUGUGCACUCUUGCCGAGGGGGAUGUGAUUGCGGCCAAGAAGGCUCUGGAGAAGUACAUGGACAUGCACCCCGCCUUCGAGCGCGAGCGAGAGUUCACCCUCUUCUCCGAUGUGACGACAGCGGUUGAUAACUAUGACCUCGAGCUGCUCAUGAAGACGGUCACCGACUAUGACUCGCUUACCAAGAUCGAGCCUUUCGUCACGACGCUGUUGCUCAAGAUCAAGAAGAUGAUCGUGCCCGAGGGCGACCAAGACAUCACCGCCGGCGAGGGCGCCGAGAACGAGGAGGAAGGCGAAGAGGGCGAGAGCAUGCUGAUCUAG